GUAAAGCAGCUGCACCUCCGCCGGGAACUAACCCCGCAUCGGCAAAACGCAAGACGGGGAUACCAGAGAUAGAUACCACUCAGGAAAGUGCGGCCAAGAGAACCAAUAUUGACCCCGCAGAGGAAGACGAGGAUAUCCACUCGCAAGACGAUGAGGAGACUGAAACCGACCAGGCACCCAAAGGGAAAGAUAGUGCCACCACGGAAACAGUGAGUAUGGGUGCCUGGUCGGUUUCGGUCUCCGCAUCGUCUUGCGAGUGGAUAUCCUCGUCUUCCUCUGCGGGGUCAAUGUUGGUUCUCUUGGCCGCGCUUUAUAUUCCUCCGGUAUCCCAGUCUUGCGUUUCGCCGAUGUGGAUGUGUACCUGUGUGAUUACAGAGGAUACUUUUCAACUAAACCAUGGGUGUGUGGCCGUGUGA